AUGUCUCACUGGAUCACCGGACAAGGCGUCUCUGCAAAAGCAAAGGGCAGCGACGAGCCCUCGGUGCUCAUCGUCGGUGCCGGAACGUUCGGAACAUCCACAGCCUAUCACCUCGCCCAGACAUACCACGAUACAUCCAAGGUGACGAUUGUUGACCGUGCGACCAGUCCUCCAAAGCCCGCCGCCGGCGUAGACAUCAACCGCAUCAUUCGGACAGACUACGCCAGCUCCUUCUACAACAAUCUGGCGUACGAGGCAUGGCACGCUUGGUUCUGGAGCAUGGAGCUGCAGGCGUACUUUCAUCAGACGGGCUGGCUAAUGAUGGACGAUUCCAAAGACUCCUCACUUUCCAAUGCAAUCCGCCAGCAAUACCGCGAUCGCGGCUCCGACCCCACAGAAGACCUGUCGCUGGAUGACCUACCGCAACAAUGGGGAGGCGUAUUGGAAGGCACCGACACCAAGGGGUUUGGAACGGCCUACUUCAGCCCUGAAGUCGGUUGGUGUGAUGCUGCGGGCGCCACGCAUAACUUUAUGCAAGCCGCAGAGAAGAAGGGUAUCAACAGGGUGAAUGCAGGCGUGGCCCGGAUUCUGCUGGACGAAGGCAACUCUCGAGUGGUAGGCGUCGAGACCACGGAUGGUCAAGAGCUCCGAGCCGACAAGGUUGUCAUCGCCGCAGGUGCAUGGACGAGUAGCCUAUUAUCACCGUUGGAAGACACGCUCCAGGUCUCAUCCAGGGAUCGCAUCGAGAAUCAACUCCGCACCAUUGGCGUUCUCCAAAUCUACUACCCCGUGUCGGACGAAGAGAUUCGGCGGUUCGAGGAGCACAAAGUCCCCGUCAUCAUCUAUGGGCAAGAAGGAGAAGUGGUGCCGCCUCAUUCAAAGAACAAGUUGUUGAAAUACACACACAAUCAUUCCUUCACCAACACCGUUACUACCCCAAGCGGCGCCAAAGUGACUUGCCCGGCAGGUUCAACGUACGAGAGUCAAUUGAACGACAUACCAGACGCGCUGAAACACGAGGCCGAGACGGGCAUACUGUCCAGACUCCUGCCAACCUUCACCAAGGGCAAGAAGGCCGAUCAUUGGCGCAUCUGCUACGAUGCUCGAACGCCCACCGAAGACUUUUUGAUCUGCAAGUAUCCGCAUGGGAAUCUUUCCGGCCUCUACAUUGCCACGGGUGGUAGUUCGCAUGCGUACAAAUUCCUUCCAAACAUCGGCAAGUACAUUGUGAACGUGCUCGAGGAUCGGUCGAAUGGUGAGGAGAAAGACAAAGCGUGGGCUUGGAAGGCAUACGGCUGGGAUGUGCGAGAGAAGAGCCCGGAGCAUCCCAAGCUUGGAGCGUGGACGCCCAAACGUGAGUUGAGGGAUAUCGGUUCGGGUGCGGCUCAGAGUAAACUGUAG